AUGGUAGCAUCGACUAAGAGAACAAUAAGAAUCAAGACAGAACAACACAUUCUGCCCGAUGUUCCUCCGGUAGAGAAUUUUCCAGUGCGCCAAUGGAGUAUUGAGAUUGCACUAUUAGAUGAAGAGGGCAAAGAGAUGCCUGCCACUAUUUUCGAUAAAGUGGUUUACCAUUUGCAUCCAACAUUUGCAAACCCAAAUAGAACAUUUAAUGAACCUCCUUUCAAGAUUGUAGAACAAGGUUGGGGUGGUUUCCCGUUAGAUAUCAGUUUAUACUUCCUGGAGAAAGGUGGUGAGAGAAAGAUAUCUCACGACUUAAACUUCCUGCAGGAAUCAUACGAAGUAGACCAUGUUAUCCAGGUUCCACUGAAUAAACCAACUUUGACUGCUGAAUUAGCCAAAAGUGGAUUUACAGAAGAUACAAGUUCUGGCUCAAAGAGAAAGAUGACAGGCUCAAAUACUGGAGCCGAAUCCAAAACGAAAAAGGCAAAGACUACUACUGCAUCUACGAUAAAAGGUAAUGUUGACUUAGAGAAGCUGGCUUUCGGUUUGACAAAAUUGAACGAAGAUGACUUAGUUGGCGUAGUCCAGAUGGUUACAGACAACAAGACUCCAGAGAUGAAUGUGACGAAUAAUGUAGAAGAAGGUGAGUUUAUCAUCGAUUUAUACAGUCUUCCUGAAGGAUUACUAAAGAGUCUGUGGGAAUACGUCAAGAAAAAUACCGAAUAA